AUGGCCUCUCAUAUAUAUGAGCGAGUUCAGGAGCUAUAUGACGGCAACGAAGAAUCUGUAGCAUCGUCUUUUAAAGCGCAAAGGCUUAUCUACGUACCAUCCAACGGGGAAAAUUUUGAACAACCAGUUGGAUGGAUUGACAUCGCAGAGUGCGCAAAACGGGCAAUCGACCCGGCAACGAUAUAUCCACAGAGCAGCGAGCUCUUCAAGUUUCUCCUCGCCGACACUGUGGAUGAAGUGGAAGGACUAAUCUUAAAAGCAACCUCAAUUGAUAAAUCCCACAGCCUAGAGGCCAUCGGUCAACGCUUCACUAGCAUCAAUGCAGCCCUGGCGAGCCUCAGUAAGGGAAGAAUCAAACAGGUCAUGAAUCAGGUCCAGAAUAGCUCCAUCUUCCCGAUUACACUGAACAGAGAGGAGAAUUCGUACGGCAACCUGCAGUCAGCGUCGGCCCUGAAUUGGGUUGUUGCGGAUCGGCCGCAUUUGAGAGAUAGCUUCGCUGGCAAGGUUCCUCUGCUAGCAUUCUCACCAAAAGAGAUCCAUUCCCUAUCAAACCUAUUGAAGGCGUUUAACCUGGACUCUAGGCGGCUUUCGAAACUCACAACGAGCAACGACUCUCACAUAGGGCCCUCAGGAGAGGAUUAUCCCAGGCUCUGUGACGAGUUGAAGAACAUCCGUAUCUACCAAGCCAGUAAAAUCAUACAGGUACCCAUGGCGAAAUAUCGCAACUCCGAGUAUGUCGGAAGUCCGUCGGACGGGGAAGUUUCUUUGUCCGUAGAGGACAACGCGAUCCAUAUGUUUUUCACCAGAGAGGGGUUGAGCUCAUAUACACUCCCCACGGAGGCUUCCCGAAUGAUCGCGAAACAUCGCGGGAUAGACGAUUCUAUUCAUUUUGGCCUCCUACAGGCAAUUCUGAGCGAAGAAGUCACUUUGAAGCUCCAAAGUACAUUCGCCCGCGAGGGUUUCUUCGUAGAAGUCGACGCAAAAGCCAUCCAGGACGAUUCUUCUCCCAACGAGGUAAUGCAAGUAACCGAUGGCGUGUAUUUCGGUCUGUCUGGUGAUAUAUUCACCAUGCCAUCUCCUUCCGGAUUUCCUAAAGACGAGACGAACGCAGAGGAAUGUUUCAAACGGUUUGAAACCGAAGGCCGGCCCGGCGAGGGCAAAAGGCAGAGGGGAGUGGACCGCCCGGACCGAAGGAUUCCACUAAUUAAUUUCACUCAGAUGAUACAGGGCGCGGUCCUUGUCGACGAUGAGCUAGACCCGCAUCAAGAUCUGCAGUAUCUGGGAGAAGCCAUGGUACGAAGCGGAUUCAAGAUUUUCAACAACUGCUAUGGUUCUUCUUCUUUCACAUUUAGGAGUCCCAAGGAAAGCUUUGCAAUUACGGAAUUCCUCGUUAGAAGUGGACAUCCGGACGUAGGGAGUUGGAAACAAAUGAAGCCAAGAUAUCAUAUUGAGGUUAUGGCUUCGAGCAGUGAUUCCGAUGGGAUUUCCACGUGGAGUCUAGCCAAGUUUGAGAGAGCAAGACGAUUCCAUUUUCAGGACCGACCAAACCGCGCUGUUGAGGAUAUAAUGGUUCUAUUUCGGAUCAGUAACAUCUACACGAAGCCAAAGUUUCACCUCAUCGUCGACCCUUGGCAACUUGUCACAUCAAAGCAAAUAGCUUUUGAAGGUGAUCAGAUGUUGGGGACAGCAAUCACCGUUGAGGCGAUCCGGCCCCUGUUCAAUAUCAAUAAACCACGUAUUGGUAUGACGUGGCAUAACGGAAUCACCGACAAUAAUCGGCCACACCAAUCGGAGAUGAAGUCGCAGGAAAUAGCACAGCCAAGGCUGCUACCUUCUGGAGCGCCGCGUUGGUCUCGGGCCAACUGGAGAGACGUAGAUUCUGUUGACUCAAAAGUGCCGGAGAGAAAUCAAACUUCAAAUCCGGGACAGAAUAGGCUCACGGAACUUUCAGAGCCUAAUCAAAUCCAGACCGAUCAGGGCAAGCCACAAACCCAACCCGGGAAGCAUGUGUCCAAAGUAGAAGGCAGUUCGAUAUUCGAUCAACUGCCCCCACGAAGCCUCCCACAGAAAAAUGCUUCAGCCCAUGGCAUGCAUGGGAUGCGACCGUUCCAAGUCAAUCAUCCACCCGCGAAUCUGCCGGCAAUGGCAGAACUGGCCUCUCCUACGAUGCUUUCUUCAACUGAAUAUAGAUACCGCAAGCUUCCCCGCGAUCAUUUGCGAUUGUUUAUGCUAUUCCCUGGAGAGAAAGAUGAUGCGCUCCAAGGAGCCGUAUAUUCCGUCUCCUUUGAGGAUGCGGGAAUAUAUAGGACUCUGUCAUAUGUAUGGGGAGACACUGCUUCAACACAUACAUUGACCACGCCGCAGGGUUCCAUAGGCAUUACCACGGCGUUGAUGACUGCGUUGAAGACGAUCCGGUUGACGAUUCAUUCCGUGACUCUGUGGGUUGACGCUCUCUGCAUAAAUCAAGCCGAUGAAGUUGAGAAGGGCUUCCAGAUCCGCCUGCUGCCGGAAAUCUUCCAAGGGGCGGUCUGUACGCUGGCGUUUCUGGGUGCUGGCGAAGAUGGUGCAGCUGCAAUUGAACUCCUGCUUCAGAUUCGGGCAAAGGAUGUAAUCAAAGAUAGGCCAAAGGAGGAGUGGCCCAGAGAUCUCCCUCCCAUCGACGCCUCGUGGCAAAAACAAAGAGUGCCUCCAUCAGAUGCAAAUGUAUGGGCUGAUGUCCGGAGGCUAUUCUCACGCGCCUGGUUUAGAAGGUCUUGGAUCAUACAGGAGGUUGUAGUUGCGCCUACAGUGAAAGUCAUAUGUGGAAAUUGGAUGACUGAGUGGCAUGAUUUAUUCGCCGCCAUAGAGAUUGUGGAUCAAGAGCAUCAAGGAUUGAACGACGAUCUUCGGCCAUGGUCGCCAUUUCUUAGACUUGGGAGACAUAGGGAAUGGGAGUCCCGUCUCAAGCGCUUGUCACUACACCGUCUUUUGGAGAGUUACCGUGACGUUGACUCUUCAUUGAAACGUGAUAGGUUCUUUGCACUGGUCGGCCUGGCAAACGACGGCAACCGCGAGGAAUUUCUCCCUGACUACAAUGAAAACUUUGAGACUGUGGCCCUGAGGUUCGCUGGAGGCUUCAUAUCUCAGGGCUUAGGCAUGAAGUUGUUGUACAGGGCGGGCCUUACCGACCAGUCAGAUCGAUUCCCGUCGUGGCUUCCAGACUGGACCGCCCCCAGGGCUGGAAGUUUAUCGGACUCUUUGGAUCGCGGCGCCGAGUUUGAUGCAUGUGCUAGUUCUAGCGCGUCAAUCAAGUACACCCCAGGCUCUGAUGAGAUUAUGGUUCACGGCAGCAAUGUCGAUGUGAUAAUACAUAUCACCACGAUCUUUAAUGAACCCUCCAAAAGAGACCAGUUCUUCCUCGAGAUCGACAAAAUCGUCAACUCCAUCAGGCAGAAUUCUUCAAACGAAGACUUAGAAGAGACGGUAUGGAAGACUGCAGCUGCAGGUGCUGAGCGGGCCAGCUACAACAGCAACCAACCCGGGAAUAUUUCACUCGCGGAAUCGUAUAGAGCCCUCAGAAGCUCUCAAAGGAAGUCUAAAUCCAGCGUGGCAGAGAAGGCUAUGGCCUAUGUCUCACUGUUGGAUGACAAAGUCCUGGGGUGGCGUUUCGCCCUAACAAGGGGACACCGCUGCGCGAUGAUACCGCCACAAGCGGAAACCGGCGACAAAUAUAGCAUCGCCCCUAAUGGCGGAUGCGCUGAUUUAGGUCUCGCAAUACAACCUAUGAAACCACAAGACCGCACCUGUGGCUGCUUCGCCCUCCCAGAAGACAAAUUCUAUCUAGCAGCACACAUGCGGUUUUUAGACCAACUAGCCCAAAAGUCAGGCGGCGGGUUCGACUACAUUGCGCAAGGAAAGUGCAGGCUUGGCGAAGGCCUCAUUUGGAAAACAGAAUGCCUCCAGUGGGCGAACUGCACGGUGAACAACAGGCAUGUGCCCGUCUGGGGUGAGAGUCGCGAAACCAGUAUCUUGCAGCAAGUAUCCGGAAAUCAUAACGACACCGAGUUACGAUGUUUACCAGGCACUGUAUGCAACGGCUCGAUUAAGAAAGAGGGAGUAGUUGUGUUUGGAGACGAAGAGCAGCCCAAGCGCUUAGAAAGGAUCAAGGCACUGGCUGCUGCGAAACUGGAUGCAUUGCUGGAUAUGUGA